AUGGUUUGUUGCCCUAAUACCGGAAAUUAUAAAGGAGCAUCACAUCAAGGAUGUAAGCAAAAAAACGAAAUAAUUGGUCCAAAAUGGUAUCAACAGCCUAGUAUUCCAGAUAAUGGAAUAUUCAAAGAAACAUACAAAUGUAUGUAUUGUAAUAGUCAAAUGUUAGAUCAAGGAUUAUUAAAAGUUCGGGACCAUUGCCAUAUUAAUGGAAAAUAUAGAGGCCCAGCUCAUAGCAAUUGCAAUAAAAAACUACAAAUGGGCGCUUUCAAAACCAAAGUACCACUUAUCUGUCAUAAUUUCCGAGGCUACGAUUCUCACUUGCUUAUAGAAGUUGCCGGCAGAUUUACUUCCAAUAAGCUUAAAUGCAUUCCGGAAAACAUAGGCAAAUAUAAGGCUAUGGAUGUUGGUCAAUUGCGCUUUUUAGAUAGCUUUCAGCAUAUGUCUAUGGGGCUUGAUAAGCUUGUUGAGUGUAUGAACGGCAAUCUAGAAAAGUUCCCCCUAACUAAAAAGCAUUUUGCCGAUAAAGGCUACUCAUUAGAGCAAAUCAAAUUUCUAUUUCGAAAAGGGGUUUUUCCAUAUGACUGGACCAAUUCUUGGGAUAAAUUCAAAAAAACGGCUUUACCGCGCAGAAAAGAUUUCUAUUCUCUACUUAACCAGCAAAACAUUAAUGAUGGCUUAGACCCAUCCCAUUACGUUUUGGCUCCUGGUAUGUUUAAUGAUUCUUUAUACAAAAGUAGCGGAGCCGAAAUAAAACUUCUGACAGACCUAGAUCAAUAUAUGUUAGUAGAGAGAGCCAUUCGUGGGGGCAUGUCUAUGGUUAGUCAACGUUAUGCCAAAGCUAAUAACCCGCAAUGUCCUGAUUAUGAUGAAAGCAAGCCGAAUUCAUGGGUUAUGUAUGAGGAUAUGAAUGCAUUAUAUUCUGGCGCCAUGAUACAAUAUUUACCAACAGAAAUUUUAGGUAAGGUAGCCCCUGAGGAAAUUCCUAAUAUUUUAGAAAUUCCGAUUGAUGCUGAAGAGGGCUAUUUACUUGAAGUUGAUAUGGAAGUUCCGUUAAACUUGCACGAUUUAUUCAAUGAUUACCCAUUAGCACCUGAAAAAGGCGUUGUACCUAAAAACUGGCUUAGCCCAUAUAAUGAAGACUUGGUAAAUGAUUCGGAAAUUGGCGGAGGAAAAUAUGUAUUAGGAGAAAAGCUACUUCAGACGCUCCUGCCUAAGAAAAAUUAUGUGGUUCAUUACAGAGCCCUUCAACUUUAUAUAAAUCUUGGAAUAAAGUGUAAGGGAAUCCCAAUUAGUGAAGCUGUAUGCUUAAAGCCGAAAAUGUAUUCAGUUCUUCCAGUUGGUCAUGAUCCCAAAACGCCAAAAACAGAGGCGGAUUUCGAAAAAGAGUUAGAAGAAGAGGGUUGGCAGAAAAAGCAUGGCAUACAAAAGGCCAAGGGCGUUAAAAAAUCAGUAGUAAAAAGGGAGCUUCGUCAUGACAAGUUCCUAGAAUGCUUAAAAACUCGAAAAAUUACUAGGCACGACAUGUAUGGGCUUCGUAGCUAUGAUCAUCAAAUUUAUUUAGAACGCGUUAACAAAAUAGGGCUGAAUCCUUAUGACAAUAAGCGCUGGAUUUUAUCUGACGGAAUCCGAACUUUACCUUAUGGGCAUUGGAGAAUUCGUGCAUAUAAAAAGUUUGUUGCAUCAGGGGUAAUUCCUGAAGAAGCAGAAAAAAGGGCUAUGAAAUUAACACUCAAACCCGAAUAUCAAUAA